GUCAGUUUGUUGUCAACCUUAAUGGCUUUUGAGUGUGUUGAGUGCAAGUGCAGUGUUCAUUAUGUGCUGCUGAAUUAGUAGUUCAUUUAAGGGUUCUAGAUAGGAAAUCGUUCAGUUCAGAACAUCCUGUAGCUGGAGAUUUUAUUCAGAGCUUCCCAUUAUCUUCCGUCGCUCUCUUCCGUCUACGCAACGCUCACUUACCACUCUUUGACGAUACCAUGAACUGACUUUCGCCAAUCAUAAGAACAGCGACGUGUCGGUUUCCAUUGGCUGUGACCUGCUCAAUAUGACCUCAUUCAUGUCCAAGAAGAAGAAGUACAAAUUCCAAGUGGAAAUAUGCCUGGAGGAGCUUUUGGAGGUGUCCUUUGUGGCUGCCGUUCUAUUCGCCAAACUUCGUCUGCUGGAUGGUGGCAGCUUUCAGGACCACAGCAGCAGCCAAGAGGUGCGAGACCACAAAGUGUCAUGGGACGCAAAGUUCUCCUUCCCGUGCAAAAUGAUGGCCAACGCGUCCACUGGAGUAAUGGAAAAGUGCAUUUUGAGGAUAUCGAUUCGGAAAGAAUGCAAAGGAGGGCGCAGCUUCACCAAGUUGGGUUUUGUCGACCUGAAUUUGGCAGAAUACGCAGGGGCUGGUCUGAUCCACAAAAAGGCCCUGCUGGAGGGCUACGAUGCUCGGCAUCGGCAGGACAACAGUAUGCUCAAGUUCCGCAUUCAACUCAACAUGAUCUCGGGCGAUAUUCUAUUUAAAGCGCCAUCGCCUUCGCUGAAACACAAGCAGAUCCCAAUGGACGAAACGGCCAACGACCAAAGAUCGGAUGAAUUUUCCAGUGGCUCAUUGGCGGGCUCGAUUAAUAGCGGCAGCUCUGGUUUCGGCAGCUUGCCCAAGAAGCGAACGCCACUGCCAGCAGAUCUUGUUAUAGGACAGACGCUGGCCGAGUCGUCAGGCCUGCCCGCAGCUUCCACUCCGUUCGACGCUGCUCCCCACGAAUUCGCGCUUCCCAUCUUCCAUGCAGAGUCGGGCGAGCACGCUGCUUUCGUCCAGGAGCCGGGACACAGUCGCAACUCUUCCAACACCAGCCAAAUGUCCAAGGCGUCUGGCUACAGCAGCAUAUCGCACAGUCGGCAGAGUAGCAGCGGCGACUCUACAGCUGGACAUAUCAGGGCCGCCUUGCAGCACGAGUCGCUUCGCAGGCCCGUCUCCAAGUUCCAUCGCACCUACACUUAUCCCAAACAUCGCCUCAAUAUUCCCACCACCAUUUUGUCGGAGUCGCCCGGACCGCCCAGUCUGAGCAACUCGGACGGCUUUCACACGCCCCAGGGGGAAAUGAGCGCCCCCGAUCCCGCCCCUGCGAUAAACGGCUAUUUCGAUGCGUUCGAGCGGCGGUCGGACGCGGUCUUUUCCACUCCUCCGCGAAUCUACUCGAGCAGCAAGUCGGUCGAUUUGAGCGUCCCCAGGCGCUUUAUCCAGCAGCAGAGCAACGCUAGUUCUGAUCUGGAUGAGGUUUUCGCCACUCCCGAGGCCAGCUUCAAUGCGAAUGUUUUCGAUCGGAAUUUCAACGCCCUGCAGAAGAGCGCGUCGAGCAGCGUGGUGGAGCGGCGCAAUUUGCCCGAGCCCCCCGCCCAAAACGCCAAUCAGGAGGCGCGAAGGAAGAUUUCGUAUUUCGAUCGCAACUCCAAAAACUCGCACGCGCUCAGGCCGCCAGUUGAGGGCGUUUUGCGCUCCAAGAGCGAUUUCACCAUCCCGAAACUCUCCCCGGUUCAACCGCGCUCCGAACGAACUCUCACCAACAUGAUCGCGGCCUUCCUCACCCCGCGCUUGCCACGCAAAAACAUCGAGGCUCAGUCCACCCCUAUCAACCCCAAUAUUGUUCCUUUUCCAGCCUCCCUAGCCAGAGACGAGUCGAGGGCAGCCUCAAUGGGCAAUUUGAAAUUUGACGACGCGCUUUUGGCUGUUCAUGGCUCGGAUGGCACCAGGCUGCACCGCAAGAUGCUUCUUGAGAGCGGCCAAGUGUCCAAGUUGGCCACUUGCGACAGCCCCGACGGCCAGGAGGAAGAAGACGCCGUUGCAUUGGAGGACUUGCAACGAAGAUUAAGCACCACCUUGACGUUAAAUCCCAGUUCGGGCAGCAUCCAGACGAACAGCGACACUGGAUCGCUGGACAGAGCAAAGGCUGCCUACGAACGGCGCAAGAAGGCGUUAAAUGGAGCGGAUGAAUCUGGGAAUGUUGGCGUUCCAGGGCGCGUUGAAAUCACCAGGGUAAACCCGGAAGAUUUCGUAGCCGACCUGUUGAAGAGCACCAACUUGGAACAGCCUGAUGACUCUGCUGAAACGUCCGGUUUACAACUUUUCAUUGCCAAAGACGGAACGGCAUCGUUGGGCAACCAUGAGGUGAAGUCGCAAAUGUCCACAGGCAUCAACUCGUUUAAACAGGUUGUGAUGGACGACAGGUAGUCUUAAUUGACUUGCUAGAUUUAGAGCGAACGGGAAUCAGAAAACGUUCUUCCCACAAUGUCACAAUUUUUUUUCGGUUGGUUAUUCGGGAUGUGUACACAAUGAAUAAGCCUCUGCAGUCAAAUUACGACAAUUAUCGAUUUUCAUGAGGUAGGGUUGCAAACGAGCGUUUGAGAUUAUGUAUUGUUGUUGCCAAUUAUUGUGAUAUCGCAUUUUUCUAUUAGAUGUGGGUUUUUGGCUGAUUUUUUAUAGUUCGAUUCCAUGAACCGAGUUGCUUUGUUUUAUAAAUCCAAUCCACUAUUUACCUUUAAGUACUAACCGAAAACUUCGGUCUGAUUGAUAUUAAGCAUCACGGCGCUAAGCUGAUAUUAUUUAUUUGUAAAUUAUUCUAGUUUAAGUAUUACCUACUUCCAAUAAUUUAGUGAUUAGAAUCGCGUAUUGUUUCGUUAGGACGAUGAAAGGAAUUUCAAAUACAUACUUUUAUUACCUGCUAUAAUAAUACAAUUGUUUACAAAUAAACAAGGUUACAACUAUAAAA